UCCCACCCUGAGGCUGGGCUGUUUAAGCAAGAAGAGGCCCCUGAUCAGGAGAGGAGGAUUUAAAGUCAUGUCUGUUGCUUACCCAACUGGGGGCUAGAUAAUUUGUUUCCUAACUCUAAAUUUGGGAGCUCUGAGCCAGGGCUCUGAGGUUGGCUAACUCUGGGAGGUGUCUCCAUUUCAGUUAUUCCAGAGUCCUACUCAGGAGCAUGCAGCCAGAAUCAUUGUUUGAGCCAACACGCUGGCGGCAUGAAGCUUUCUUUGCCGCCCAAAGUAUUUGAGACACAGACACAAAAAGUCGUCUUUCUUGCUGGAAUUCCAUGGAGCAAAAGGCUCGCUCCCCAGGGCUGCUGGUUUGACAGCUCACAAGGUCAUUCUAAGGAAGAGCUCUACAUGCUAAAAUAAUACAGACUUCCAAAGCCCUUUCCAAACAUUAAUAGACUAAGAGCACUUCUGAGUGAUGGGGGGAUGUUGGACUCAGUCACUCACAGCACCUUUCUGCCAAACACAAUGAUCUGCGAGCCCCUGAUGUCUUGGACAGAAUUGUUUGGGACAACUGAGGACUAUUAUCCCUCCUUUGAUCAUCACACAGUUGGCGAUUCUUGCUGGACAUCUAGUCACCCGGAAUACUGGAGUAAACACAAUGUCUGUGAGUGGCUGCAGUUCUGCUGUGACCAAUACAAGCUAGACGCCAACUGCAUCUCCUUUUCCCACUUUAAUAUUACUGGCUUGCAGCUGUGCAGCAUGACCCAGGAGGAGUUCACAGAUGCUGCCGGCGUUUGUGGCGAAUACCUUUAUUUCAUUUUACAGAACAUCAAGAUACAUGGCAUUUCCUUUUUUACUGACACCGAAGAAACCAAGCCAACUAUCAAAGACUACAAUGAUAAGGCAUGCCUGAGAACAGGGAGCUCCAAGAGUCAAGAAUGUCACAGCCACGGGAGAACAAGCCUGCAGAGUUCUCACUUGUGGGAAUUUGUAAGAGACCUCCUCCUGUCUCCAGAAGAAAACUGUGGCAUUCUCGAUUGGGAGGAUAGAGAACAAGGCAUCUUUCGGGUUGUUAAGUCAGAAGCCCUGGCAAAGAUGUGGGGACAAAGAAAGCGAAAUGACAGAAUGACAUAUGAAAAACUGAGCAGAGCUCUCCGGUAUUAUUAUAAAACUGGAAUUUUGGAACGCAUAGACAGAAGGCUAGUGUACAAGUUUGGAAAGAACGCCCAUGGGUGGCAGGAGAACAAGCUAUGAACUAACAGUCCCAUGCAUCAGACUGAUUAUGCACUCUGCAACAGGAAGUGUCUGACUGCAAUAGACAUUUGAGAGAAGGAUUUUUUCUCCUGCAUCUCUCCUCUACGCCAGUCUGGAGUUGACAACUGUUUCUGAGAGACUGUCCAGAACAACACAUGACAGCACAUGAAUGGGAUGGCUCUUCCCCAUUAUCAGGGCUGGCUCUAACUUUUUUGCCGCCCCAAGCAAAAA